UCUGAACUUUGUUUCUUUUCUUCCUGUGCCAUUCAACUUUCUGAGCACCGAAACAAUUAAGCAAUUCAAUGAACUUCCUAAAAGGGGAAUAAAAAUCCUGAGAAAGUACCUUAUGGUUAUGGUCAUCCAUGGGGGAAGGGAGAGAGAAAUGGAGUGUUAAUGUGUGGGAUGAUGGAAUGGUGAAGAUGAUGAUGAUUAAUGAUUAAUGAUUUAUUUAUUUAUUUAAUUUUUAAUUUUUAAACUAUAAAAGGUUUAAAAAGAAAAGAAAAGAAAAUUAUUAUCAAUCAUUCUCACUAAAAAUUAAACUCCCUACACAAAACAACUAUAAUAAAUCUAUAAUCCUCCUCGGAAAAACCGACUGGAAAUCCAACACCACAGACACUCACUCCUAUUAGUAUCAAAUCAAGAGCUAGCAUAGCACCACAGACAUGGCCCCUAAACUAAAAACGUUAAAGUUAUUCCCCAGCGGUGAAGAGCAGGGUGAGAGUGAUUCGGUUAUGGGUGAGAGUCAUACGGUUAGGCCCCCUUUACCAAUGGAUGAUCUAAUUCGAAGGCCCGUAAAGGGCGAUUCAAAUGCUGAGCAUGCUGAGAGUGUUAAGGUUAUCCCCCCUUCCCCAAUGGAUCCAAUUCCAAAGCCCGUAAGCGGCGUUUCAAAGCUAACUGCUGAGGUCAAGGCCGAGGUCAAUUCGGAGGGGCCGCAUACUGUAAGCCUGAGGGUUGAAACAAGCUUUGAGCGCCAAGGCGGAGGCAGCGAUCAAUCGAAGCGUACGCUAGCUAGCAAGGAGGGUUCCUCCCAGACCAAGAGAAAGAAGAGUGGAAAAUAGGCUCAACAAAGGAUGAAGCAAUACGUACUACUAGUACAGUCAAGCUUAAAUAAUGUCUAUACAAGGCAUUUUAGUUAAGUGGCUCUUGUCUUACAGAGUACUAGUAAAUGGCUACAUUUAUAUCUGUACAAGCAUCAUGAGUUUGUGACCAAUUUGUUGCUUUCUGGUUCUGUCUAAUGCCUCUGCUGUAUUCUAGUUUUGAGUUCAGUAGAUUAUUCAUUAUUGUCCGCAGAUCUGAAUACAAUGGUUUCAUUCCAGUUUCUCUCUCAUUUUAUUUUCUCUCAGUACUGAACUUCAUGAGAAUUUAACGCUCACAGCAAUGAAACUUCUUGUGUUGUAGUUGUUGUUGUUGCUAGAAAGCAUAGGUGUUGGUUUCAGUUGGGUUUCUUAAUUCAUAGGAAAAGCCAAAGCCAAAGCCAAAGCCAAAGCCGCUGUUCGUUUCAGCUGUGUCUCUUGAUAGGGAGUCCGUAGCGGAGGAAUAAAGUGUUAGAAUUAAUCCAAACUCAUGUUCGCUAUAUAUGGUAGUGAUAAAUGUAAUCCCAAAGAGGAUAGAACGAGACCCCAUAUCAAGAUAUUAUUCCUGUCUUUUGUUUUUGAUGCCUGUGGCUGUGAUACUCUUAUGUAAUGAUAAAUAAUUACCAACAAAGGACGAAUAUAAUAACAAAUGUUGUGCUUGGAAAAACUCUCAAUUCACGAGGGAAUUAAGAUAGAGAACGUGUGACUCGACUUGAUAAUGGAGCGUAGAGGACCUGAGAGGGAAGAAGAGGACCUUCUGAAGUUGUGAAGAAAGCAAAGGAGGGAAACAUUGAAGAUGCAUCCAUGGAUGAGAAAAUGCUAGAGAAAGGUGCCACCAGUACCGAAAGCCUAAAGGUGUGUCGCCCAACUCAGGGAGACGUGUGGUGUCUUAUAAGGAUAUAGUCCCCCAACUCAAUGGAGAGGAAGAUGAAAGAGAAAACGAAGAAGAAGACUGGGUGUCCAAUCUGAGGAGAGAAGAGGAAGAAGAAGAUUCCUUUGAAGAAUGAGUUCAUGCUCAACAAGCCAACCUUCUUUGUUUAGUUUAUCACUUCUAAAAAAAAAAACAACACGUAGAGGAUUGUAA